CCAGCGGCGGAGCCGCGCCGGGGACGGCGUGUGCGCGGAGCCGAGCGGAGCGGAGCGGUGCGGAGCGGAGGGCGCUGCCGGCGCCUCCCGGUGCCCCCGGGCCGGGGCGGCGGCGGGAGCAGCAAGGGAAGAUGACAUCUCCGCUGCUCUGAACCUGCAACGCCGAGGGACCAGCAGAGCCAUGGAGCUGGAAUACGAGCUGCCCAAUGCCACCGCAUUCUGGUUCUCCCCGGCUUCCCCCUUUGACAACUUCUCCGUGGAGGCACCCACCAACGGGUCACAGAAUGCCACAGGCCAGCACUUUGACCUGACCAGCAAUGCCAUCCUCACCUUCAUCUACUUCGUGGUUUGCAUCAUAGGGCUGUGUGGCAACACGCUGGUGAUAUAUGUCAUCCUUCGUUAUGCCAAGAUGAAGACCAUCACCAAUAUCUACAUCCUCAACCUGGCCAUUGCAGAUGAGCUGUUCAUGCUCGGUCUGCCCUUCCUGGCCAUGCAGGUCGCCCUGGUACACUGGCCCUUUGGCAAAGCCAUCUGCAGAAUUGUCAUGACGGUGGAUGGCAUCAACCAGUUCACCAGUAUCUUCUGCUUGACGGUUAUGAGUGUUGACCGGUACCUGGCUGUCGUCCACCCCAUUAAAUCCGCCAAGUGGAGGCGGCCCAGGACAGCCAAAAUGAUCAACAUGGCCGUUUGGGGUGUCUCCCUGGUGGUAAUCAUGCCCAUCAUGAUUUAUGCUGGAGUGCAGCAUAAUCACGGCAGGAGUAGCUGCACCAUCAUCUGGCCAGGAGAGUCAGGCGCCUGGUACACAGGCUUCAUCAUCUAUGCCUUCAUCCUGGGCUUCCUGGUGCCUCUCACUAUUAUCUGCCUUUGCUACUUGUUCAUCAUUAUCAAAGUGAAGUCCUCAGGCAUCCGCGUGGGUUCCUCCAAGAGGAAAAAAUCUGAGAAGAAAGUUACCAGGAUGGUCUCCAUUGUGGUUGCCGUCUUCAUCUUCUGCUGGCUCCCCUUCUACAUCUUUAACGUCUCCUCGGUCUCUGUCCUGAUCGUGCCCACACCCGUCCUCAAGGGCAUGUUCGACUUUGUGGUGGUCCUCAGUUACGCCAACAGCUGUGCCAACCCCAUCCUUUAUGCCUUCUUGUCUGACAACUUCAAGAAGAGCUUUCAGAAUGUCCUCUGCCUGGUGAAGGUCAGCGGCAUGGAUGAGGCGGACCGGAGCGACAGCAAGCAGGACAAAUCCAGGCUCAAUGAGACCACAGAAACCCAAAGGACCCUGCUCAAUGGUGACCUGCAGACAAGCAUCUGAGAGGGCAGCAGGGUUGUCCUUUGCUCUCCUCUCCCCACUUGCUCCCAGCUGCAGCAGGGUGGUGGCAUGUAUGGAGCCAGGGCAGGAGUGCCGGCUUAGGGGACGGCAGUGCACACACCGAUGGGCGGCGGGGGUCCUCAGCUGGGCUCCUCCUGAGCUGCUGGCGGGUUGGCUUUCAAGUGCUGGGAAGGGUACGGUUCAAGAGGAGCUGCCUCGCCAGGGAGACAAAGACAACUCAUAGCAACACAGUGCAUUUCAACACCAAAGUGCCACUGUGGGACACAGGUACUGCUGGGUGGCUCUGCUGGCUUCCCCAGCUCGGGGAUGGUUGGCUUUGUGUGCUUUGCCCCAGAAUGGGUGCUUGCACAUGGACACACACGCACAGCAAGGUGACCUCGGGAGGAGCUGAGGCCACAGGUGUGUGCCAACACGUGUGCUGCCAUGGAGAUGCACCGGUUUAUAGCAAAGAGCUGGUGGAAGCUCCCUGGAGGGUCCAAGUGUGCUCCCACAGUCACUUUCCCAGAGGAGACAAGGAUAUUUGGGGCUGCAUUUUGCCCAGCUUAUAAGUUACUCCAUCACCUCCCCUGAAGCUUCCCUGCUGCUAUUUGACUGCAUCGUUUGCAACAACUGUGCUGCCUGGAGGUGGCACGCCAGCACAGAGGUGGCUGCCCUGCAGGAAGCAGCUCUGCCACCCUGGCAGCCCCUCUGGUCCUGCCGCACUCCUACCCUGCCUCCUCCAGCCCUCAUCUCCCGCUGCAUGAGAGCCCCUUCCCUCCCACCGUGACGUCACCUGCCUGCAGGUUUUCUUGUUGGAUGGAGGAUUUCCCCCUUUCCUUCCCCAGUAGCUGCUGCCCCUCCUGCCACUCGUGUCUCCUCAUGGUCAGUCCCACACUGCGCCAGCAGCAGAGAUCGCUGCUCUCCCUGACAAGCCGCGUCUGGGCGGGCUGAGCAGCCACGGCUCGAUCGCCUGGCACCCGUCUCUGGUGGGAAAUCCUUGGAAGCAUUUAAACAGCAGCAGCGCAUGGGGUUUGGAGCACCGUGGCAUGGGCUGCGGCACAUCCCGCUGCCAACAGCUCCUGCACCUGGGUGAGAUCUGGGCUUGUCCUGUCCCGGCUAUGGCUCCGAGGAUCGCCGGGGCUGCUGGCCCCACGGCAGGGUGAGCAAGCAUCGACUGGCCACCAGUGACGCCUGCCCUGCUCCUUCCAGGCAAGUCAUGCUGGAAGAAGGGGUGAUGGAGAGGAUGGGGGACGGGAGGUGGGAGGUGCUGGGGACUUGGCCCCAACCCUUGUCUGAGCCAAGGGGACCAAGCAGAGCAGAUCAUAGUGCUUCCAGCACCAAGCCAUGAGGCAGAGCAGGGCAGCACACAUCCAGCCCCCCAGUUGCUCUUCUGCACCGCAGCACGGGAAAGGGGACGCACAGGACGCAGUCCACAGUGCGAGGGGUGGCAGGUCUGGGCCAGCAUUCACUGCAUUUAGCUGCUCAGGACUGUCCUGGGGACGGUCCACGUCCACCCUUUCCAGCUCAGCACGUAAACCCAGGGCUUGGGAGCCCUGACCGCCUGCUCCUGCCCCAGCAAAGCCGCCCUCCUCCGCCAGCACAGCCAGAGCACAAUGGAAAGCCCAGGGGAGAGGGAGAAGUGCCGUCUUCUUGCCGGAGCACCCAGAGCAGUUUCUGUGCCAGAGGCCAGACUCUGUUCACAGGCUCUUGCUCCAGAGCUGAGCCGUGGGAACACAGUAGUUUAGGUGGAGAAAACAGCUGGGUCCCGCUCACCCUCCCCUUUCCCAUCCCACCCGGGCAUCCCCACACCAGCCCCACUGCCGGCAGACAUGGAGCCUUCACCUUGUGCUACGAGCACUGCGGGAGGUGAGGAUGAGCAUUGUCCACAGGAUGCCACCCACUUUGGGGUGCUGCCUUGCUCAGACAUGUAUUCCCAGUCAAUGUUGCGAGAGCACCAGCUCUGGGAGAGGUUCUCCCAUGGCUCUGCCCAGCCCCUUCAGCAGGUCCCUGCCUGGGCAUCACACGUGGGGCUGUGCCACCCCAGCAUCCCCCACCAGCCCCACAAAAGGGCUCAGUGCCAGGCUCAACACCUGCUCCCCAGCACAGCUCUGUUGGACACCAGCUCCGGCAUGGCAGCAGGGGCACUGGGGACACAGCGUAGGGCUCUACAGGCUUUGCAGAGCAUUGUCAGCAUUGAUUUGCUUUUAACUGUUUACUGCUCCUCCGAGGAACAUGUGUCUGCAUUCAAGUGCUCGGAGGCACCGCGUGGGCUCAGCGCCGAGCGGGCACCUGCCUGUCCCCUCGCUGCCUGCGCCGGGCUGGGCAGGCAGCUGCUCGCCAAGCGCAUCCCCGCACCAGCUUCAGGGAGGGAAGUGAAGCUGAACCCGGGCUCCGGGCGCGCAGCUGCCCUGGUGAUGCAGUGGGAAUUAAGACACGAGCAGCGUGUCACACCACAGUGAAACGCUGGGGGGUGGUGGCUGGGUGGGGUGCUGCUGGAGCCCCCUGUUAGGAUAAGGCUUCCGUGUCAUAGCUGCAGCGAUGCGUCAGCUUUGGGUAUUUCAUAUUUGGUGGGCGGUGAAGGCAUGAUUUGUGUGGCAAGCGUGGGAGGCGGUGGGGAGGGGGGGCUGUUGAGCCCCCUGCCCGUCAUGGGAGCUGACGUUCACAGCCCCCAGCACUCACCUGCAGUGGGGCCAGACCCAGACCUGCCGGCAGCCGCCUUCACCCCAGUCCCAUCCAUGCAAGGCCUGCCACCAACACCCCGACUAAUGGUGGGGGGAGAUGCCAGCUCCUGGCUGCACACCCAUGGGAGUCUCCAGCAGGAGCCCCCAGCCAAGAGCAUCUUCUGUCUGUGCUGGUUUAAAGUUGAAAAUGCAGCAAGCCUGGACUUUAAACUACGGCAAGCCUGGCUUUCUAGUGCUGGGAAGGGCCCAUGACCAGCACUGCAUGUGUCCAGGUCAGCUUUGUCCUGGCAACCCCCCCCAGCAGUGACACCCCUGCCAGCUCAGGGCUGUGCAAGGGGACUGUGAUCUGCAAUACCCUGCUCCACCCUUUGCACCCAGGGGCUCUCUUGGCUGGAGAUAACAGGGCUGCAGGUGAGGAGCAAGGGGCACAUGGGGCUGCCACCGACAUCCCAAAGGCCACCAAGGUGGGAUGCUGCAGGGCAGGAGCACAAGGCAGCUCCUGGGGGCUGCCAGGGCACCCCACAAGUGCCCUGCUACAGCUCACCCCGGGGGAAAGGGCAGGAGAGCAAAACGUGCCACCUUGGUGGAGCGAGCAGGGGAGGGAGCCUCAGCCACAGCCCAACGCUCACAGUAAAACCAGCAAAAUAAAACCUUCUGCUGGUUCGUAGCUGACUAAUAAACAGCAGCACCAUUGCUGCUGCAAGUCACAAAGUUUUGCCUCCCAGCCACUUGAUUUUAGUGGAAACUUGACCUCCUAUUGCAUCUGUUCUGAAAAGCUUCACAGGGCUGCUGGCAGCGUAACGAGGCAUCUCUCCUGGUUAUUGGAGAGUGAAUAGGCUGAUCCUGCAAGUGCUGGAGUGGCUCUGCUGCCACUUUACACACAGACUGUCCUCAGGCAGGCGAGAUUAAUUACAGCUCCUGCCUGCCUGGCUGGAGCAGCAGGAACAGAUUUAUCACAAAUCGGAGGCGAUGGGAAGCAGUGUCCCCCGUAGAGCUCCCCUGUACACCAGGAGCACAGACCUGGCCCCGUGCACCUCGGAGCAAGGCUGGGGCUGGUGGCUUUGCUGCAGAGUUGCAUAUGAGACGGCUCUGCCUCGGCUGGAGCUGUCUGUGGCACUGGGGCUGUCACCAGGGGUGUUUGCAGUGAGUUAUUCUUGCAAGACUGCCAGUCCCAGCACCUGCGUGGCUCCCCAGCGCCUGUGAGAAACCAACUCCCCUUCCCCUCCCUGCCACUGGCUUCCCCCCAGUACAGGUGAGGAACCCCAGCGAAGCUCCACAGCUUUCCCAAGCCCCUGUGGGACUGACCUGCGUGGAGGCAUCCUUGCUGUCCCUGCUUCCUAAGCCCUUGGGGGCCAGGGCACAAAGCCUGGCGCUGUGGCUGGGCUGAGCAUCGCCCUGGGCACCCUUCCAACUGUGCCCACCUCAGACCGAGCCUGGCUCCUGGCACGGUGGUGGCCAGUGUCCCCCUGGUGCUCAAUAGCCAAACCUCACUCUGAUGGGCAGGGGGAGGCUGGGUUUGGACCUGGAGCCUUCCUGUUGCAUCUCUACAGCUCUUCAGCACCAAAGCUGCCUUGGACUUCUUUAAAAUAGUGAUCUCCUAAUGAGCCACACAACCACGCUGUCAUGUCUCUGGAGGGCUUCCUGACUUUCAUCUCAAUGGGAAGAGCCUUGUCUUUGUUGGAGACUCCACGGAGAAGUCCCUUCCCUCCCAGACCUGCGCAGAUGCAGCCGGCCUCGCGGGCAGUCACGCAGCCUGCGGUCCCCAGCCAGCUCCGUGCCCUGCAACAAGAACUCCCAGGCCCCAGAUCUGUGCUGCUGCAUUAAAGCGGGGCUUGACUCACAUCUCAGAGGGUUCUCUCAGCCAUCACCAUGAAUGAGCCGAUUUCAAACUGCUCUGGGAGAGGCUCCAUCCCCUCUGCUGGGGCUGCACACCCCGAAAGCCCCCUCAAAUCACCUGCAAGGCACGAGCAAAGGGCACAGCAGACCCCAAACUGGGAUUCCUGCUACUAAGUCCGAAACAAGAGCUGCCACUUUCCAACCCAAGGACACCUCUGCCCUUCUCAGCCAGCCUCUGACCCCUAGCCUUGCACCCAUGUCUCCUGCCAGAUUUCAGCUCGCUCCCUGCCUGCUCCAGGACCUGGACUGCAAAAAGCCGGGGCAGGAGGACAGCCAAGCCACAGCUGAGGUUUGGGGGAACCUGCCUCAAGCUGUGUCCUGACCAGGAGAUAACAAGAGGCGCAGAGUCUGGGCACCCCAACCAUGCCACCCCAUGCUGCGCAGCCAGGAGAAGGGAAGGGGUGGGUGAUUGUACAUAUAUGUAUAUACUGCACAUGCCAGCAAAGGGGUUUGUUAUACUGCAGAGACACUCUUUAGCCCCCGUUUUGCUGUGGCUGCUGGAGCAGCCCCUGCACGCAGGAGCAAGUCAGACCUAGCACCUCAGGGGUCCCUUGUCUCCCCCUCCCUGUGUGCUGUGGGGCUGGUGGCACCAUGCACGAUCCAGGAGGGAUCGUUGAGGCCGCUCCCACAUUGACAAGCAGCUUCUGCAGGGCAAGGGAAGGUGAGCUUUGGCUUCUACUAAACGCAAGAGCCCUUCCCUGUAGCAAUCUGGGGGUCAUCCCCUACAGCAGCACUGCACGGUGCUGCCCACCUCCUGUACAUACACUUCUGCAUCUAUAGCUGUGCUCUGUAUAGUGUGCGUGGGUCUGCUGUACAACACAUUGUGACUGGAACGCUCCAGAGAGUGUUUCUCUGCUUUAAGUCUUGCUUUCCUCCGUAGCAAUUGUUUUUCAGUGUCAGUGUGGAACUAAGCCUUCCCAUGGCGAAAGCUCCCCACUGCCAUGGCCUGUGCUGUGGGGAGGGAGUUGUGGAUGGGGUGGAAU